AUGGCCAAGUUAAACGACCUGCCAGCAGAACUCGUCCGGAGGAUAAUCGCUUACGUCCUCGAUCAGUGCUAUUGCGACAAUAUCCAUCAUCAUGAUCUCGACCACAACGAAAUCGGAGAAUUUGCACAGAAACCAAGGCCGCAUCUAGCUGACAAAAGCCCCUAUGACAUGGAAAGUCGGCAGUUCCCUUCCACCACUCCCACCGACGAAGAUGAGAUGGUUGCUCCAGUAUCAUGGCCAGAUGGUCUCCCAUCCAAUCCCUUGUUACCAUUCUCCUUGAUCAAUCACACCUUUCGAAGAUGUGCUCAGGAGAAGCUUUUCAAUAACGUUGGCUUAAGAAAUCAACAGCAGGCGAAUCUAUUCUUCCAGGCGCUCAGUGGACCAACUCCUGAGGGUGGUUCAGAACUUCCACGUGGCUCGAUAGGCAAUCACGAGGAGCAUAACUCCCGGACGAGCGACGUCCGGGUCGUCUCACCUUCUGCGAUUGCCACUCCCUCUUCUAGCCAUUUGGCUCUAUAUGUUCGCUCCUUACAAUUUACGUGGACUGCCCCCUGCUCGAUGGAACAAGGCGGCUCCCUGAUCUGUGAGAUCGUCCGAAGCUGUCCAUUGAUUGAAAAUAUCGCCAUCAGCCCCACUUUCUUGAUGUGCUGCAAGGAACCAAUCCUAGAGGCGCUUGCGAGUCGCCAGCGGAUCAAAGAAUUUGUCGUCCUUGGAAGACGCUUCGAGAGGGAGACCACUGACACCACCGUAUUUAAGUGGCUUGUCGACGAAUUGCCCCGCCGAUUGUUCUCCAAAUGGGAUUUACUUGAGUCCAUAGAAUUCUUUGGACUCUCUCGUCAGUCGUUCGAGAUCACCGAGACCAUACCUCAACCAAUACCCGUUAUGAAUCAUAAACUCAAAGUAAUCAUCUUGAACGAUCCUGAUUUGGACGAGAGAACGCUCUCCUGGAUGUUGAAGGGCUCUAUGGAAAGCCUGCGGACGUUCAAGAUCGUCAAUCCAAACUCGAGGCUUGAUCGGCGCGGUUUAUACCGAAUCCUGACAGAGUGCACUAGCCCAGAUCUCGAAUCUUUGGCACUCGAAGUGGACUGGUCUUGGAACAUGAUUAAAAGGAGCGCCGAAGGUUCUGACGACCCAGCCCUAAACUCGGCCCUGAUGGAUCUCGUCUUCAAAUCUUCUUCCGCCUUGAGGAAGCUCAAAACCUUGUCCAUCACCGGUACUCUAGUCGGCUCCGAAUCCUUGAAGUUCCUCCCACAGUCCCUAGUGAAGCUUGCCUGGGAUGAAUGUUGGGAACUGCCGUCUGGUGCACUCGUGAAGGUACUCUCAAGUGACUACCAAUCAGAGUCGCCCGGUGAACUUGAUACAAAUUCACAAUGGUUACCCAAUUUAAAAUGCCUCUCAGUCCGUGAUGAUAAUAAGUGGCACUGCAGAGAUCGAAAAGCAGUCGAGGAGGCGUUGAAAGCGCGAGGGGUGUGCUUUCAUCCUAUAUGCGGGCGAAGCUAUGGCUCACAGUUUGAUGAUGACGGACCGAUAGUAGACCCGAUGAGGAACAUAAUGGCGAGCCAGUAUUGGUAG